UAGACACACUCCUUCACUCAGUCACUCUCCCCUAGCCAGUGACGUCCACCACUGCAAACAUUUGCUGCCUGCCAGGCCCCCUCCUCUCAGCCACGAUGACCCGCACCCUCUGCUUGAGCUCCCUCCUCCUGCUGCUGCUGCUGUCCCUCUCCUGUCCCGCUCGCGCUGAACCUCGGCGGACCACGUCCUCUCAGCGCAGGGUGGCUCGCGCACCAGCUGCCAAGGUGCGUCUGGCGGGCAAUUUUGCGCGAGAACCGCACGAAGGGCGCGUGGAGGUGCUGCACAACAACACCUGGGGGACAGUCUGCGAUGAUGAAGUGGACAUCAAGAUGGCCAACGUGGUGUGCCGAGAGCUCGGUUUCCAGAGCGGUGUAACGUGGGCACACAGCGCUAAGUAUGGAGAAGGAGCGGGCCCAAUAUGGAUGGAUAAUGUGCGCUGUGACGGCUCAGAGAAGUCCUUGAAGGACUGCAAACACAACGGUUGGGGCGUGAAUGACUGUAAACACUCUGAAGACUUGGGGGUGGUAUGCACCCCUGAGCGCAGGCUCGAUCAAACAGCAAGUAGAGGCUACACCACUGCCACCAGGCCCAAUGGCGGCUCCGCACCUCAGUGGCAGGGCCCUGUGGCCACCCGCAGGCAUCCAGGAUAUGGCUAUUAUGGAAACGGACAUCAAGAGAUCCCCAGGUUCCAAAGACAUCACCAGGGUCACAGUAAGGUGCAAAUCGAGGAAGUCCGUCUUCGUCCCAUCCUCAUGGCUACCAAGAAGAAGAGCCUGGUCACAGAGGGUGUGGUGGAAGUGAAGCAUGCUGGGAGAUGGAGGCAGGUUUGUGACCUGGGUUGGAGUCUCAACAGCAGCCUAGUUGUGUGUGGGAUGCUCGGCUUUCCAGAGGCUACUCAGCACAAUGUCAAAACAUACAAGAAAAUAUGGGAUACCAAGGUUGCAGAUCCUUCAACAAGAUUGAGCAUCAUGUCAAAGAAGAAGGGAUUCUGGGUAGAAAAAAUUCACUGUCUGGGCACUGAGAACAGCCUUUCAGAGUGCCAUUCUAAGCUGUCAAUCCCCCGUAGUCCCACUCCUUGUAAGAAUGGGAGACAUGCAGUGGUCAAGUGUGCGCCAGGACCUCAGUUUGCUCGUAUCUCCUCAGGAAGACCCCAAGCCCCCUAUCCAGUUGUGCCUGUGCGUCUGAAGGCUGGCCCCAGGCUUGGUGAGGGUCGUGUGGAGGUGCUCCGAGAUGGAAAAUGGGGGACCAUCGUGGACCACAUGUGGGAUAGACCUGCAGCCAGUGUGGUGUGCAGAGAACUGGGCUUUGGUUCUGCCAAGGAUGCCCUGCAUGGAGCCUUUAUGGGUCAAGGUACAGGACCUAUCCAUAUGAAUAGUGUCCAGUGUAUGGGGUCAGAGCGCUCCAUCCUAGACUGCUACUUUCAGGAAGUCCAACCGUGGACUUUCAAACACAGCCAGGAUGCCUCAGUACGCUGUAACGUCCCAAAGACCGGAAUGGAGAACACGGUGCGACUUGUUGGUGGUAGAGUCCCAUCAGAAGGCCGUGUGGAAGUGUUGAUGGAGGUUGGAGGUCGUAAGCGUUGGGGCUCUGUCUGUAGUGAGAACUGGGGCAUCAACGAGGCCAUGGUGUUAUGCAGACAGCUCGGCCUGGGCUUUGCUGCCAGUGCUCAUCAGGAGACCUGGUACUGGCCUGGUGACCCAAAUGCAGCUGAUGUGAUUCUCAGUGGAACUCACUGUGUGGGCACAGAGUUUUCAAUUCAACAGUGUCGCCGCAACAACCAUGUCCAUUGUCCUCGAGGAGGUGGAGUUAAGGCAGCUGGGGUCAGCUGUUCAGACACGGCACCUGACCUCGUUCUGGAUGCCCAGCUGGUCCAGGAGACAGCCUACCUGGAAGACCGACCCCUCCGCGACCUGGGGGAUUCAUUAGCUGCCCUGCAGCACGUGUCUGUGGAAAUGAGGGCUGAACCAAUCCAGUCAGCACAGAUGUACAGACACACACACAUACACACUCUCACCUGUACUUUCCUUUUCUGUUGUCACAGGCACUACCACAGUAUCGAGGUGUUCACACAUUAUGACCUGCUGACUCUGAAUGGCACGAGGGUUGCAGAGGGACACAAGGCCAGUUUCUGUUUAGAGGACACAUAUUGCCCUGAUGGACUCCAGAAGCGGUUCUCCUGUUAUAACAUGGGUGAUCAGGGUAUCUCUGUGGGCUGCUGGGAUACGUAUCGCCAUGAUAUCGACUGUCAGUGGAUUGACGUGACAGAUGUACGGCCAGGAGACUACAUCUUCCAGGUGGAAAUCAACCCCUCAAUGGACAUGGCUGAGUCUGACUUUAUGAACAAUGUCAUGAGAUGUCGGUGCAAAUAUGAUGGUCACAGAGCUUACAUGUAUGGAUGUCAUGCAGGUGAUGCAUACAGUGCAGAGAUUGAGGACCUGUUUGAGCACCAGAAGCAAAUCACCAACAACUUUGUGUAGCCCAUCCCAGGGCCCAGUGUGAAGGCUUUCCAGUGGGACCCAGAGACUACUCAGGGUGGGCUGAGGUCGAUGGCCCCAGACCCUUGGGACCUUAGGACCCACAGUAACAGACAACAACAAUGGCGCCUGUUCACCUCCUUGGCAGAUGUGGAUAAAAUAUUCUUAAGCGCAUCAUAUUACAGCAGCGACCAUUGCAGAGAUACUAUUGACAACAAGAAAGGAACAGGUGCCAAACGGCUCAACAUGUUUUUUACUCUAGGAAAGUAAGAAGAUAUUGGAUAUUCAAACUAUACAGAUUUUUGUGAAUGUGGACAACUAGUAACUUAAAUUAGUUAUUCAAAACGUGUACGUAUGAAAGACCUUAAUGUCGCUAUAACUAAUCUGUCACAAAGGCAAAAAGGAUGCCCGUGCUGUUGGGAAAUCUCAUUUCCAAUUUACAAGAUAUGAAAAUCUGAGAAAAAAUAAUGUGAGUUUGCAUAAUUUCUGUACUAAAAUUUGCUCUGUUGGCAUUCAUUUUACCCAAAUUCUUUAAUUAUUGCAUUUUGUAACUGUUGCGCCUUUACAUAACUUAAAUAUUGGUGCUCUUUAACAACACUGUAUGUCGGUAUAAUAACCUUACUUUGUUUCAGGUGAACAGUGUUGUACAAACGUUUUGGGUAGUUUUCUUUCACAGUUAAUUAGGUGUUUGAUCAUUGCUUUGGUUUUAACAAAAUCAUUGUUUUAUAAAAGUGUAGUCAUGCUACAAGGUUUUGCUUUUCAUCUAGAAUAGAUAAGAAGAGGUCAAAUGAUUUUUUAUGGAACAAAGCACUUUAUUUUUUAAACAGCAGUAUUCUAGUUUUGCCCCAAUAUUUUUUUUUUUAUUAGCCACCAAAUUGACUUCUUAGGGUGUUUAUCUAAAAAACAUUUUAUUGUGUUUUACAUUUCAGGAAGUUGCAAAGAAACUCCUACACACUGUCUAACUUGCAAAAAUAAAUGUAAUAGCUGGCAACGUUUCAGUACUAGAACUUCCUCAGGCUGAGGGAGAUCUAAUACCGAAACAUUUUUAAAAGCUGGCAACGUCAGCUAGACAGUGUGCAGGAGUUUCUUUGCAACUUUUGACCUAUUCGUCCCUCUCCGACCUACCUGUCUCUCGUUAUAGAUGUGUGAAGUAUUUUUCUGUUCUACAUUUCAGAAAGUGAAAUAUAAGGUUUCUGUUUAGUUUACAUAUACAAUAUACUAUUUAUGCUGUAACUUUAUUUAUUCAUGGUUUCACACAUACACAGCAUGCUCAGUAAAGAGAUUGUUAGCCAGUGCUUAAUUAACAAUAGUGAAUACAUUUUUGUUUUGUUUCUGGUAAUUAACCAGGGAGGAAAACUGAUUUCAUACAGGACAUAGUAUUAGAACUUGCAGAUAAAUCAUUUUUAUUUAUUUUAUUUUAGUUAUUAAAACAACUGUACAGUUUUUUUCUUUUCCAGCCUCUCUGAUGGAAGGGACAAAACCACAGUAUUGUGGCAGGCAGGCAGGGAGGCUGGGUUUUGAGAGCAAAUAAAAAACCUUUUAUUUACAUCUGUUUGGGUUAGACAUAAGGUUAGGGCUAUAGCAUGUGCUUUAUAAAGAAAAACUAUGGAGUUGUUAUUUAUAGAAUCACGGAAAGAGCGAGAAUCUGGAUUUUCACCUUAACACAAACUACAAGAAAUAUUCUGAGUUUCUGAGAGAUUUAGUUAGGGAGACGGUGAUUGAAAGAAAGAUUGAGUAAGAAUGACAGAAAGAGAGAAAGGGGUGAAGUUUGGAGAAAGACUUAUGCAGACGUGCAGUUUUUACUACCAGAGCUGUCUUUUUGUAGGCAGCCAUAGAGAGACCACAAGCUGGCAUUUUCAGUUCCCCAACGAGAACAACAUGUUUGUCUGGGAGAAAAAAUAAAUUCCUCAAUUCACGCUUCAACUCAGUAAACAGUGGCCUUAUUUUUACUAAAGCUGGGCUGCUGAAAUAUACCGUUUCUCUCUAUACUUUCUUUGCUAACAUUUAGCUCCACACCGAACAAUGAUGCAACUUAAUUUUUUUUACAGCAUGGAACUUGUGUUAAUCAUGUUGUUUUACCCCAAUAAUGUGUUUGAUGUGUUUGGCGUUUUUGGCUUGAUUUCUUGGUGGUUAAACGGGUUAAGAUGGUUUUCUAAUAGCCAGUUUCCAGGACAAGUUGUGGAAAGGACAAGUCACUCAUAAAGGCAACUGUAGACUUAAUUGCUUUAGCACAUUGUCUUCCUCCUCACUGGAAGGCUUAGAAAGAGUAGUUAGCUUUUUAGAAUAAUUUUUAAAAAUCAUGCACAUCUGGUCAAACAAGGUUAGCCCUAUUUCUAAAAACUGUUGGGGAUACAAAUGUUAUAAGAUAGACCUGAAAGUCUAAAAUAAGUGUUUGCUGAUUUGCUUUGCUAUUGUUUUGUGCUUGUGUACAGUUGCUAUUGACAUAUUAUGGUCUGUUCUGUGUUAUUUAAAAUUAUAUGCCAUUCCAUAUGUUAAGUUGGUUCAUAUUCACCACUCUCAUCAAAUUACUGUGUUGUACCCAUGCUAUUGGCAUAGCACUGGGACAUUUCCAUGGCCAGUUAUGCUUUUACUUUGUCUUUAAAGCUGAGAGUGUGAGCUACAUGGUGCUUAUCUACAAUCAUAUUUAGAAAAAGCUGUGCUCUCAGGGACUUUAACCUCAUCUAAAGAGAAAAAUACUGUUUCAUGUGAUGUGAUUUGGGAUACUUUUAGCUGUGAUGCAUACACUCUUACAAAAAAGUAAUCUGUACCCACAUAAGUUAGGAUAACUGUUGAUAGACACUGGCUGAGUCAGGAGAAAAUUUCAGUUAAAGACCAAAUCACAAUCCAUUUAUUCAUCAUUACUGUGAAUCAAUAAAACUUCAUCACAUACUAA